AUGGAGCGCGAGGCCCAAAGAAGAGAGGAGUGGCGCAGAAAGAAGGCCGCCGAAUCUGCUGCUGCGUCCGCUGCUGCAUCCUCUGCUGCAUAUGUUGCCGCAGCUUCGAAUUCGUAUGAUACCGGAUCAAGCUCGUGCAAUUCUGGAUCGAGCUCGUAUGAUACUGGAUCGAGCUCGUCCGGUGGGUCAAGCUCAUGUGAUAGUGGAAGUUGUUGA